AUGACUACAAGACAUCCCGCCUUUCGACAAUAUGCUCCCUUCGGACCUCACCAAAACGUGAAUAUGGGGAAGAAUGUACAUAAAGCCCGCGACUUGCUCAACCACACGGUUAUAGCAUUCCAUACUCGGUCCGACAGGGACCUAAGUGAAGUGCAGAUUGAAGCACGCGACAAGUUCGUCGUUAUGUUCAAGAAACAGAAACAAGCCUACGGAGGCCAAGUGAAACUCGAUGCUUCCAUGAAAAAGGUUAUGGACCAGCGUCUGAACGACGUUAAAGCGUUCUUUACCUUUCUUGAUGAAUUCUUCUUCUUUGGCCAACUAGGGUCACAUGUUGAACUCAAUGUUGGUAUUGAUUGCGUAGGAAAAGAUCCUAUGGGAUUUGACGAUAGAAUUGAAGGAGAAACAUACCCAGCUAAGAAGCGCGACGAGGAAAGCACCAUAAUCAAACUCAAUAUCGGCUCUAAAGGAAAGUUGUGUACACUUGAUGUUAUCAUAGGUCAGCUUAUGCACGAAAUGGUUCAUGCUUAUUUCCAAGUAUUCGCAUGCGAUUGCGCACAGUGCAACAAGAAUGUACUCAACACGGUGGGGAUCAAGAACGAUGCUCACGGCCCCCUUUUCCUUAUUCUCCACCGCCUUAUUCUAACUGAAAUGAGGACGUGGGGAGGUAGAAGCAGCGGUCUAAACUCGUUACUUGCUAAAGACUGCCCUAGGGAUUUCAUCAGUAAGAGCGCUAAAUCACGAGCUACGAAGGCAAUGCAAUCUUUAGACCCCCAUAAAAAGGCAGAGCUCUACGGAUAUGGCCAAUACGUUACCUCGAGAACUCUCCUCGGUUUGAACGCAGAUGGAGACCGAGUUCGCGUCAAAGAUGGUCUUGUCGAGGCCCAAAUCAAGUUAGAAGACGCUCUGUGGAUCAGGGAAGAACGGGGGAGGAGGUUUGAUGAUACAGAAUACUAUCAAAGCGACUCGGAGUGGGAGGAGGAGUCUAUUACCACUGAUAACAGUUUUGAAACUAAUCACGAAAAUGAGGAUCUGAUGGAGAGAGUUAGGGGGAAGGCUAAGUCUGUCUAG